AUGGGUGCUAGUUGCAAAGAUCAGAAAAAAGCUGUAGCAGUUUGCCUGCAGAGAUCUCCAUGUGUGAUGAUCGAGAGGAAUACUCCUCAGCAGUGUAUCGAUGAUCCUAACUUGAGUAAAGACCUUCCUGAAUUGUGUAUAGCCCAGAUGAAGGCUUUUCUGGACUGUAAGAGAGGUAUGGUGGAUAUGACCAAGAGGUUUACAGGUAAUGCUCCGCUAUCUACGGGCAGAUACGAUCAGCAAUAUGAGAAUCUGUGCUCUGGGGACUUUAACCCAAGGGAAGAAAUGCAAAAAUUGAGACUACUGAAUAGCAACCAAAGGGAUUAA